GCGCCGCGUGUCCCAACUCCCAACGGCACGAAAAACACACGCACUGCACUCUCUCUCUCUCUCUCUCUCUCUCUCUCUCUCCAGAAAUCAAAACCCUAGAAAUCCUCUCUUCUUCCUGAAAUUCAACUCUCGCAUCAAUCUCUCCUGAAUUCAACCUCAAGAGACGCGCAAUUCAGCUCAAUCAUGACUUCGCUGAAACCCUCAUCGCGUUACACCUCCUUCGACAAUCGAUCCUCCACGUCCUCGCGCCACUCGGAGCCUUCCUCCUCCGCCGAGCUCAAAAACCCUACAAAAAAGCAAUCUUCUUUGAAGCGCCUCACCAGAGGGAGCUCAAGCCCAGCUUCCCAGCAUAGGUUGCCGGAUUUAAGCUCCGGUGCAGCAAAGUCCACUCGCGCGCUCGCCAAAACGACACAAACCGGCGCCGUCAAGGGCCAGAUGGAUCAGCAAUUGAGCAUGAUGAUGAGGAAGCUCGUGGAUACUAAGUCAAACCAGAAGGCGGCAGUGAAUCGGACGGCUCUGAUAAUUCCUUCUGAUUUAAUUGCGGAGGAUUUGAAGAAGACGGCGAAGAAGGGGUGGAAUUUCACGGAUUUGCACCGGAAGAUGUUUGGGAAGGGACGGGGAUCGGGAUCGGGAUCAUCGGAUGUGGGUUUCAGAGAGAAGAAGGCCCUGACGGAGGGGAAGGCGAAUACGAGGACUUUGGCCAUGGUGCUGAGAAGCGAGAGAGAGCUUCUGAGUCAGAAUCAGGAGCUGGAAGCAGAGAUGGCCCGGCUCAAACUGACGUUGGAGGAGAAAAACAAUGAAGUUGAGAAGUUAAAAGAUUUGUGCCUCAAGCAAAGGGCAGAGAUUAAGUCACUGAAGAGCGCCGUAUUGUUCCCAGAUGAGAUGAAUUCUCAACUUCAAGAGCUGUUUGAUAAGCAGGGUUCUGAAUUGAAACAGGCAAAACAAAUAAUCCCAACUCUCCAAAGACAGGUCACUUCUCUUACAGGCCAGCUUCAGUGCCUUGCACAGGAUCUUGCGGAGGUGAAGGCAGAUAAAAAUUCAUUACAAGGAUGUUAUGAAGGUCAUUUCAGCUCUCCAAAGACACCAGCAUAUGAUUCAGAGCCUGCCAAUUCUUUGGAAUUCAGCUCUGCGGAUCCCAAAACCCCUGGUAGUCCAGAUGACAUGUUCCUCAACGAUUUGAAUCCUUGUUUAACACCUUACUCUCUGAAGAAAAUGUCCUUGGAAUUUGAAGGGAUAGGUUAUGAUUCUCUGCAAGGUCAAAGAUUGCCUGGAAACAGUUUUGAUAUGCACAAUGACAUUGAUUUUGAUCAAAGCCAUGUCAAGAAGGUAUCCAAAAGUUCAGAUAAUUAUCAGAGCAACCAAGGAAGAGCAGCAGUUCGAGUGCCUCACAGAUCAGAAAAAUCUGAACAUGCCUACCAAGCGCAGAUGCAGCACAAGCUUUUCUAAACCAUUUGGCAAUUUGGUUCUUCAUUUUUUUCCUCAAAAUAGAAUUUUGAUUGAAAUCAUAAAAAAGGCCAUCCAAAAGUUCAGAUUAUUAUCAGAGCAACCAAGGAAGAGCAGUGGCUCGAGUGCCUCACAGAUGCAGAUCAGAAAAUUCCAAACAUGCCUAUGGUGUGUUUUCUUUCUAAACCAUUUGGCAAUCUUCAUCUUUUCCUCAUUGAGCAUUUUUGUUCCCUCAUUGUACAACCUCGGCAGCUCUUUUGCCCCGUUCGUGCACCCCAACCCUACAAAAUCUAGCAUUUUCUUUCCUCCUUCCAAGCCCUAUAUUGUAUCUUGUCAGUAUUGUCUGUUAUUACACUUUUUUUUUUACUGCAGAUUAUAUGUUAUGGGUCAAAAUGUUGGUGGAAGGAGCUUUCUCUAUUUCAGAAGAGAGAGCUUGUGUUACAUUUAAGUUACAUGAAUAAAAUGUGUUAAUGUUAUUUUC